UGUCUAAACGCGUUGUUGGUCAUCGAUGUGUUUCUUUCCUCAUCGUCAUUGCUAGAUACUGUUUAUAAAUAUCUCUCACUUUUCUUAUUCCAGGUAUUUUCUUGGAGUCGCCUCUGCUCACCAUCGGGUGUGCGUGUAGUGAUACUGGGACAGGAUCCUUAUCACGGACCGAAUCAAGCUCAUGGUUUAGCGUUUUCCGUCCAGCGACCAGUUCCACCACCCCCUAGCUUGGUGAAUAUGUUCAAAGAGAUCAGAUCUAGCAUACCGGACUUGGAUUGUUCCAAAUGGCCUCCCAGUCACGGUGAUCUGACGGGUUGGGCGCGUCAAGGUGUUCUAUUGUUGAACGCCGUCCUAACUGUGCGUGCCGCAAUGGCCAAUUCGCAUAAAGACAAGGGCUGGGAACUCCUGACUGACGCUGUGGUUCGGUACCUCAGUCAACAGAAAUCGCACUUGGUUUUCAUGUUGUGGGGGGCCAACGCUCAGGCUAGGGGUUCAAAAAUCGAUCGCCAGCGACACCUGGUCCUCGAAUCUCCCCAUCCGUCUCCCUUGUCCGCUUCACGUGGUUUCUUUGGAUGCGGUCACUUUGCAAAGACCAAUGAAUAUCUGAAGAAGCAUGGCAAAUCACCAAUCGACUGGGCUAAAUUGGAAUAG